AUGGACUUUUGGUCGCGCAUCUUAGCCCCGUUGUCCUCGGGGGCUUCCAGCAAGGAUGCCGCCAGAGACCCGGCCCGCCGACGACAACGUUUCGAGAAGGAAUACAGCCAGCUGCUGCACAUCUGGCGAAACACGUCCAACAUAGCCCGAGAUGUCGAUGCCGCCGAGAACCUGGAGAUCAGGCUGCAAGAGCUCACCAACAUCCUCGCCGACGAAUCCCGACGACCAUUGCCUCACCCAUGUAUCGCCUUCUCGGCCGCAAAGCAGAUUUAUGUCCCCAUUGCGAAGAUAGCAACUUCGUCCUACAAUGAGUGGAUCAUCAAGGAGGCUGUCUCGUUCUUCGCAACUCUCAUCGAGAGCGAGGAAGAGGCCUUUGUGGAAAACGAUGCUUUCUCGGCCAGCUUGACGAACCUCCUGGUGCGCAUCACCGGCGCCAACAGUAUCAGGUUAGCUGCAGACACCGAGGUCCGAGUUGUCGAGCUGGCGUUCAACAUCACAACCAAGAUCAGGCUGGAGCCCCAUAUCUUGACGGCAUGGUUCAAAUCCCACCAGCACCCCGGUUCCCACGACGAGAAAUUCAAGGAUGAAAGGGAGAGGUUUGCGGGCAAGACGCAGAAGCAGGACUUCCCCUUGUUCUACCUGCUCAUGGACUACAUUCACCACGAAGGCAAAGUGGGCGACUUCGCGCGCACCGGCUUGUUGUACAUCAUCGAGUCUGCCUCCAACUCGGUCGCCUUGGAGCAGUGGAUCGUCGAAAGUGAUCUGUCGACCCUCAUGGCCACCGGCCUAGGCGCGCUAUAUAGCCAGCUGAGUCGCAAGUUGGUCAUCGACCACCCACCCCAGGAGCUCCCCCCGGUUCUGGCCCUAUCCGACUAUCAGCACCCUCUUUCUACCUUUGAGAUCGUGAGCUCCUGCUCCCCAGACUUCAAGUUACAUUUGGACACAUUUCUGGCCCAUCUUCUGUUCUGGCAAGACGUGCUUAAUCAUUGCCGGUCGACCGAAGUAAAGUCUACGCUGCUCGAGCAUUUCCAGGUCAUCUUCCUGCAGCAACUAUUAUACCCCUCGCUACUAGAGUCCUCCGACGUGGAUGGUGGAUCCUCGGUCGCGGUGUUGACUUACCUGAAGCGCAUUCUCGAGGCUCUUGACCACCCCGAUAUGAUCAAUCUCAUACUUCAUUACCUCCUAGCCUUGCCUGAUGCCGAGACGUCACUGGCCUCACACGCGGAGCCAUCCGUAAGUGCUGCGCGAAAGAGGAAGUCCAUGGACCUAGCCACCAUGAUGGCGGCCAGGGUUGAGCUGACGUUUUCUCCACUGCUCUUCAAUCUGGUGGACUUGAUCCAGUCAUGCCUGCGAUCAAAGAACCAACAGACCGUAUGCGUGACACUGCAAUUGUUGGCAGUAAUCCUUAAGAGGCAUCAUCGAUAUGCAGUCAUCACUCUACUCCAGACCGAAGCCGUUCACGGUAGCAGCAGCCACCGAACCAGUGGUGCCCACGAACAAGAGGUUGAGUUUUUGACAACACUCGCCGGGUCUAUUGGUGGUCAGGACAAUUUUGAUGAGAUUUACGACAAUAUUUUGAAAGAUACCAUGGCACGGCUAGAGGGCCACCCUUGCUCUCUGAAGCUCGUGGCACCGAAAGUAUCAGUCAACAACCAUAAGCUACCUGCCAUUCCGGAUAGCUUGCCUGGCGCACCUCGCGACGUGCCUCCCCAUACACUAAGUCCCGAGGACCCAUUGCUCAACUCGCUCCUCGAUCUUCUGAACACAUUCUUCAUCAAUCCAGUCGAGACGAAUCUCUCCUUGACGGAAACAAUUAUCGACCUUGCCGUGUGUGGGUAUAUAACUGUUGAGGGAUGGCUGCUACGCCAUCCGGUGAAGUACACAUACGACGACGAUGAUGAAUCUGUCAAUGUUCCUCUUCCCGAUCCAGCAUCGCCAUCUUUCGCGGAGGUUGAGAAGUUGCAAGCGAUGACUCGGUGCCGCCGCCGUCCACAGUGGCAGUCAUCCACACUUCCUCGGGCCCUGGUGGUUCUCGAGAAAGUAACAGAUCAAGUUGCAUCGUUCCGCAGCUCGAUUCCCCGUUUUGAGGAACUGCUACAACAGCGACGGGAAGCAUUCCAGACGGCCGACACAAUUGUGUCUAACCAACCACCUGUACGGACGGCCUCAAAGACAUCCACCCCUGCGCAAGAGCGGUCUAGCUUUGAGGAUUCGCGAGCAACAUCGCCAUCUCGUCCCGGCGGCUUGGAAGGCUUUGCGCAGCGGCUGUUGUCUGAGCUUGGCACGCCGAGUAGAUCAGCCAGCCCGCGUGGCCGCAAGGAGUCCAGUCGCCUUCCCAACGCCCCGACCGGCAUGCCAGGAACACCAAUUUCCAAGCCAAUGCCAGUCCCACCGAAGCAGUUCCCCAUGCAUCACGAAAGUCCCACCCGAAGCGGGCUCUCGCGAUCAUUCUCUCCAGGCAGCCAAGUUCAAGAUACCUUGAGCUACGGUGGAACAGAAGAUCCCGUUGCCAGCCAGAUGGCGGCAUUCGCUGCUGUGGACCAGAGUAUCCUUGCCCGGAAGGUCAAGCUGCCAGAGCAAGAAGUCGAGCCUAUUCCUCUGCGUUUUGACAAGAAGACAGACGAUGCGAAGGAACUUGAGGAGCAAGUGGCAGAAGGGGAGAUACAACCAAGGGGUGAAGUCGAAGAAACACCACAGGAAGGCAGUGAAGCGCCUGCCCCAGCUGAGACACCGACUGGGACCGGGCAAAAGGACGCAUCAGUGUCACACAUACUCACCAACGUCAUCAUCUUCCAGUCUUUUCUGUUGGAGCUAGCAGGCUUGGUUCAAGUGCGCGCUGGGAUGUUCGGCGAGGUGCGCUUCGUAUAG